GGGGGGUUGCCGCAGCCGCCAUCUUAGAUUCCGCGGUAGCGGUGGCGGCUGUAGGGUACCGCGUUUGGGGAGUGGCUCUCCCCUCCCCCUUCCCCCAGUUCGGUGGCGGCGGCUCCUCCCACUGGGAGGGGGGGUGGUGCGACGGCAGUGGCAUCUGCGGCCAUGGCGGCGACUGCUGCUAACCCCGAAAUGACAUCAGAUGUACCAUCACUGGGUCCAGCCAUUGCCUCAGGAAACCCUGGGGCUGGGAUUCAAGGUGGAGGAGCCAUUGUCCACAGGGCUAUUAAGCGGCGAUCAGGGUUGGAUUUUGAUGAUGAUGGAGAAGGGAACAGUAAAUUUUUGAGGUGUGAUGAUGAUCAGAUGUCUAAUGAUAAGGAGCGAUUUGCCAGGUCGGAUGAUGAGCAGAGCUCUGCGGAUAAAGAGAGACUCGCCAGGGAGAAUCACAGUGAAAUUGAACGGCGGCGACGGAACAAGAUGACAGCCUACAUCACAGAACUGUCAGACAUGGUGCCCACCUGUAGUGCCCUGGCUCGAAAACCAGACAAGCUAACCAUCUUACGCAUGGCAGUCUCUCACAUGAAGUCCUUGCGAGGAACUGGAAAUACAUCCACUGAUGGCACCUACAAGCCUUCGUUCCUCACUGAUCAGGAACUCAAACAUUUGAUCUUGGAGGCAGCAGAUGGCUUUCUGUUUAUUGUCUCAUGUGAGACAGGUCGGGUGGUUUAUGUCUCUGACUCAGUGACCCCUGUUUUGAACCAGCCUCAGUCUGAAUGGUUUGGUAGCACACUCUAUGAUCAGGUGCAUCCAGAUGAUGUGGACAAACUUCGUGAGCAGCUUUCCACUUCGGAAAAUGCCCUGACAGGGCGUAUCCUUGAUCUGAAGACUGGAACAGUGAAAAAGGAAGGCCAGCAGUCUUCCAUGAGGAUGUGUAUGGGCUCAAGGAGAUCAUUUAUUUGCCGUAUGAGGUGUGGCAAUAGCUCUGUGGACCCCGUCUCCAUGAAUAGACUGAGCUUUGUGAGGAACAGAUGCAGGAACGGACUUGGCUCUGUGAAGGAUGGGGAACCUCAUUUUGUGGUGGUCCACUGCACAGGCUAUAUCAAGGCCUGGCCCCCAGCAGGUGUCUCCCUCCCAGAUGAUGAUCCAGAGGCUGGCCAGGGGAGCAAAUUUUGCCUAGUGGCCAUUGGCAGACUACAGGUAACCAGUUCUCCCAACUGUACAGACAUGAGUAACGUUUGUCAACCAACAGAGUUCAUCUCUCGGCACAACAUUGAGGGGAUCUUCACUUUUGUGGAUCACCGCUGUGUGGCUACUGUUGGCUAUCAACCACAGGAACUCUUAGGAAAGAAUAUUGUGGAAUUCUGUCAUCCUGAAGACCAACAGCUUCUAAGAGACAGCUUCCAACAGGUGGUGAAGUUAAAAGGCCAGGUGCUGUCUGUCAUGUUCCGGUUCCGGUCUAAGAACCGGGAAUGGCUCUGGAUGAGAACCAGCUCCUUUACUUUCCAGAACCCUUACUCAGAUGAAAUUGAGUACAUCAUCUGUACCAACACCAAUGUGAAGAACUCCAGCCAGGAACCAAGGCCUACACUGUCCAACACAAUCCAGAGACCACAGCUAGGUCCCACAGCUAAUUUACCCUUGGAGAUGGGCUCAGGGCAGUUGGCAUCCAGGCAGCAGCAACAGCAAACAGAAUUGGAUGUGGUAUCAGGAAGAGAUGGACUGGCUGGCUACAAUCAUUCCCAGGUUUCUGUUCAGCCUGUAACAACCACAGGGCCAGAACACAGUAAGCCCCUUGAGAAAUCAGAUAGUCUGUUUGCCCAGGAUAGAGAUCCAAGAUUUUCAGAAAUCUACUCUAACAUCAGUGCAGAUCAAAGUAAAGGCAUCUCCUCCAGCACUGUCCCUGCUACCCAACAGCUAUUCUCACAGGGCAACACAUUCCCUCCUACCCCCCGGCCGGCAGAGAAUUUCAGAAAUAGUGGUCUGGCCUCUCCUGUAACCAUCGUCCAGCCAUCAGCUUCUGCAGGGCAGAUGUUGGCCCAGAUUUCCCGCCACUCCAACCCACCCCAAGGAGCAGCCCCAACUUGGACCCCUAGCACCCGCCCAGGCUUCUCUGCCCAGCAGGUGGCUACUCAGGCUACAGCUAAGACUCGUUCUUCCCAGUUUGGUGUGGGCAGCUUUCAGACUCCGUCCUCCUUCAGCCCCAUGUCCCUCCCUGGUGCUUCAACUGCGUCACCUGGUGCUGCUGCCUACCCUAGUCUCACCAAUCGUGGAUCCAACUUUGCUCCUGAGACUGGACAGACUACAGGACAAUUCCAGACACGGACAGCAGAGGGUGUAAGUGUCUGGCCACAGUGGCAGGGCCAGCAGCCUCAUCAUCGCUCGAGUUCUAGCGAGCAACAUGUUCAACAGCCAUCAGCACAGCAACCUGGCCAGCCUGAGGUCUUCCAGGAGAUGCUGUCCAUGCUGGGAGACCAGAGCAACAGCUACAACAACGAAGAAUUUCCUGACCUAACUAUGUUUCCCUCCUUUUCAGAAUAGAACUAUUGGGGUGAGGAUAAGGGGUGGGGGAGGAAAGUCACAGUUUGUUUUUAAAAAGCAAAUCUUUCUGUAAAGAGAAUAAAAGUCCCUCUCCCUUCCCUUCCCUCACCCCUAAUGUGUGCCCCUUCCCCUUCUGGCCUUUCCUUGCCUUCCUGCCUCUGAGAAGAAAUGGGGUGAAUCGUGAAGGCUUUGGGGAUCUUUGAAAAACUGAGGCUGGGUGAAGUUAAGAAUGCCUUUCCUUACACCUCCUCACCAGAGAUUUAUGCAGAAAUGAUUUGUGCUAGGGUCAAUAGGCAGGUUAGAGAACCUGACAUCCAUUCAUCCACUAUUUGCCUUGGAUACUGUGGCUUGUUUUUGGAAAGAAAUUCUGAAUAAGGUUAGGGGGAGGAGAAAUGUCCUCAUAUCUGAGGACCAUGAAACAUGGUAGGUUACAUAUUACCUGUAUGGCUUUAGGAAGUGAGCAUAGGCUCUUUCUGCUGCCUGGUGAGUGAGGAAGUGAGAGAGGGAGAAGGAAAGAGUGUGUGUGUGUGUGUGUGUGUGUGUGUGUGUGGGCAUGCGCACGCAUGCGUAUGCGUGUGCGCAACGUGUGUACGUGGUACAUGUGUGCACAUGUGUGUUUCUGUGUCUGUUUCUCCCUAUUAGGGAGUUAUGCAAAAUUUGUCUCAGAUUUUAUCUUUGUUUUUCCAUGUAAUUUUCAAAGAGUCCUAAGGAGUUAAUCUUCUAGGUAUUUUCCACUUAGUAUUGCAGCCAAAGAGUAUUUAAAUAAAUGUCUUUGCUGCACUUACAUCUAUGCCCAGCCAAUAUGCAACUGUAAGCAGAUAUAUAAAGUCUUUUGAUGUGGUUGGUCUCUCAUUGAACACAUUUAGUAGUAAAGCUGGGUCAUUCCCGCUUUUGGUGCUCUCACCUUAUAGAGUAGAUCUGGAAACAUUACAGAUGUUUAGGGUGGGAAGAUAACCCCCUUUUAAAAGCCCCAUACUUGGCCAUACUUGCUGCAUUUUUCUGUCAGAAUCACAUAUGAUGUGUGUUCUGUAGAGGUUAUUUCUGCAUGGAAACUCAACUUCUUGGAUUAGCAGUCCCAGGGAAAUCUUCACUGCUGGAGUUUAAACCAAAUACCAUGUCUUGCAAAGUAGCCUCCUUCAUCCAUUCCCAGUUCAGUCUGACUAGAAACUGAGACUUGGGUCUGUUUUGGACCUAUAGUUCUUCCUCUUUGCUCUCUCCAAUCUUAAGAUUGGAUUUUGCUAUGAUACAAGAGUAUGAAUCCAUGUGAUAGAUGGGGCCUGGACUCCCAUUCUAACAGGGUCACAGAGUUAACUAUAGCCAUAUAAAUGCAGAUACAGGUUACUACUCUCUCUGUACCUUCCUCAGGUAACAGUCAUGUGUAUCAGCCACUUUUUUUUUUUUUUUUUAUUGGCUCAGGCCAGUAUCUUAAGUGCAAGACUGAAUUAAUAAGGAGAAGACAUAUUAAACGUAGCCAUAGGAGACUGAGGGGCAUAGAUGGCCUUAGAGAGGCUGAGAGAACAUCAUUACUGGGUUUCUCUCCCUUUUGUCUCCAGUCUGGUGCCAGGUAGUGGAGUUGAAAAGGAGACAGUUUAUUUUUUUAUUCUAUGUGCACACAUACCGUAUACAUAUAUAUUUAUAUCACAGUUUAACAAGCCAAAAAGUUGAGUUUCCAAUGGAAUCCUUGUUUUUAAUAAUUGUUUUUAAAUGUGAUCAAGACUAUAAUAUUGUACAGUUAUUAUAGGGCUUUUGGGGAAGGAGAGGGGAGGGAGAAGAUGCUCUGGGGGUUUUGUUUCUGCUUUUCCUUCAGGGUUUUAUUUUUGAUUGUUUUUUUUUUUUUUUUUUUCUUGUUGGCCAUUUCUGUACUGCUGGCAUCUGUGCUGAGCUUUACAGUGGCAAAAAUAAUGACAUGUAGCAAAGAUUUUAAAACAAAAUAUUUUUUCCUUUUGUAAA